AAAGAUAUGGGGAGAAGGGUGAGGAAUACUUUAAUUAUUCGAAGUGAUGUUAUGUUGUGUUGUGUCGUCGCGUCCCGUUUGUUUAUUUCUGCCACUAUUUUGUUUUGUUUACGCGCAAAUAACGGUUUUAAUAUAAUUAUCCAAUUCUCAAAAACCGUACAAACUCAUUUCAAUCCCUAAUCUUACGAUUCCUUCAGCAAGAUACGGUACCAAGCUAAUGGUUAUUAAACCUUACGCAUAAUGUUUAUCAACAAUAACAAAUUGAUGUCUAUGGAGGAGCUUGAGAGCCUAAUGGAUGAGCAAGAAAUGACCAGAACUAUGGCAACAACAAUAAUAAUAAAAACAACAAACACUACUACUAGUGUUGGAGCUUCCGCUCGCACUAAAAACCUCCAAGCUAGUCACCAGAAGAAACCCACGGUUAUAGCCUUCACAGAGCUAGAUUCAAGUCAGCAAGUACCAUCUAUUCAAACAACCAACUCCACCGCACAUAAUUCCCCAGUUUCUAAUAUUCCGACCAAGCAUCUCGAGAGAUUUCCAAAUAUAGAACUAUGGAAAAUCCCAGUCUUCAUCACAGAAAACAGAGAAAACAAUCAGAAAUAUGCCAUGGAGACAGAACUUCCAUGGACCAGUCAGACAAACAGCUCGUACAACCUCACCUACUUUGACGACGCCAGUCUCGCCAACCAUGCCGUAAGGCUUUCUUUUGAUGAAACUCGUGCCCUCGGUAUUGGAUUUUCUCGCGCUAUUUGAAUGACUAAUUCAUUCCACUCUAUACCUACCAAGCCAGCUAUUCUUGAAUUGAAUCCUCAGCGCCAACCUGCUAAUUAUUUUGCUACCACCACCACAUGCCUAAACACGCUCGCCAGUCCAGAUCAAUCUCAUCCAAAAGCAGGUGCCGGAUCAAACCCAGUCAACGUCCAUCCUACAGGAGGCUUCCGCGAGGUCAUCACCAUUAGCUUUCCAACUACUGAGGCUCGGUUCUCCAGCUUAAAAGACUUGAAAGCAGCUAAAGAAACUAGACAGAAUGGUAUGAAAAUCUCGAUCAAGGAGCUAUUCGACGAGAUGCAAUUGGAGGUUUCUGGCCCUGUUGGCCGGAAUAUUCGUGGGUUUGUUAUGAGUGUUUGUUAUUGGCGGUAUGGUGUUAGUGUGAAAGCUGGAAUAAAGUAAUUUUAUAUGAAAGAAAGGGAGAAUUAUAUGUAAAUCAGGUAAAUAAGAAUGGAUAAAUAUUAAUUAGAUUCCUAAGUCAACAAGAUACUGGGAAAGAUCUAAUGAUGCCUUCUUUAUAGGUAGUCUUAAUCAUGAUGAUACAAUAUAACUUUCUGACCUGCUGUAUAUUAGAAUACAUCGUUACAUCUAUUCAACUCUAUUUACGGCUUGUGGUUAAUUUGUAUAAAUACAUCUGACGACACGUAAUGAGCGCUUUAAGAAUACAAUAUGAUUGU